AUGGACCAGGAAUUCAUCGCCGAACAGCCACAGCUGCGAACAAAGAUGGAAGGCGAAGAUAUCAUUGCAACCUUGCGCUCGUACGAACCCGACAUUUCAGGCAUACUCCAGGCCCAUCUGACGAUACUCAUGACCCUUCGAAAUGCAGCCUGGGGCUCAGUUCUUCCGGAUGCAUCACUUGGCUUCGUGAUGCAACCCGAACCCACAACGAGCCCAAAGUAUUACAUACUAAAGCCACUCCAGAAGAAGGAAUGUACUGUUGAUAAGUACCGUUGCCACGUCGAGGGGUGCAAUUUUCGCACAGACGCACGCUCUUCACUGCCCACGCACAUGAUGUCGCAUGUCCCUCGGAAUCUCAGGUGUAACACCUGUGGCAAGGGAUAUAGUUCUUGGCAACGCCUUCGCGAGCACAUCAAGAAGUCCGACAACGAAUGUUGCCACGAGUUAGAAGUGUUGGAACAACGGUGCGAACGGCGCGGGGCGCGUUUGUCCACGGGCGUAGCGAUGCCCGUAAGGGACAAUCGCGUGCGGUACGUACAUCGCGCGGGGUCGUUAUAUACUACGAUAGGGGGCCUCCGGCCCCCGGCUACUCGCGCGCCUGAGCUUGCGAGCUCAUUCCUGAACGCGUGCUUCAACAAGAAGCCUAUGCUGAUCGUGCAGCAACGAUACGGUAUCGUCUUCCUGAGACCGGCGAGGUGGUGGAUCAGCCAUAUUUGCUGA